GUUUUGCAUAGCCAUAGCCAGUCCAGGGUGAAAAGUCAAGAUGCCUUAUAUGUCAAAAUCGGCUUAGUACUAGAGUUUUCCAUACAAAAAUUUAAAAAAAGACUGAAUAUCUCGUCUGUAAAAGCAAAUUUCCGAAAGGAAAACUAUUCCUGGCUUAAAGUUAUCGAUUAAGGAUUCCAAUGGCGAAGGUUGGGGUACAACCACCAACCACUCCUGGACGAGCUCGCACCACUUCGCUGAAUCUGGAAAACCAAUUGAUAGGCGGAAAAUAUAGGGUGAUAAAGCCCAUUGGAUCCGGUUCAUUUGGCGAUAUAUAUCUCGGACUGAGCGUAAAGGAUGGCUCCCAAGUAGCCAUCAAGGUGGAGACGAACGAUUCCAAGUAUCCGCAACUGAUGUACGAGGCAAAGGUAUAUGAGCAACUCAUCAGCAAUUACGGAUUUCCCACACUGCUUCAUUAUGGCAGCGAGAAGAACUAUAAUGCGAUGGUUAUAGAGCUAUUGGGUCCAUCCCUGGAGGAACUAUUCAAUCUCUGCAAACGUCGUUUCUCCCUGAAGACCGUACUCAUGGUAAUCGAUCAACUGCUAAUGCGAAUUGAGUGUGUCCACGAGCAUGGAUUCAUUCACCGCGACAUCAAGCCCGAUAACUUUCUAAUGGGUUUGGGCAAUCAGUGCAACAAGCUGUACCUCAUCGAUUUUGGCCUAUCCAAGAGAUACAAGGACAACGAAACGCAGAUGCAUAUCCCCUAUCGCAAAGAUCGCAAUUUAACGGGCACCGUUCGCUAUGCCUCGAUAAAUGCCCAGAUGGGUGUGGAGCAGUCGCGCCGAGAUGACAUGGAGUCCUUAUGCUAUUGCAUGAUGUACUUUAAUUUGGGAAAGUUACCAUGGCAGGGUAUUACUGCCGUCAAUAAGAAGCAGAAGUACGAAAAGAUUUUGGAGAAAAAGAAAAGCGUUUCGAUUCCGGAACUCUGCAAGGGAUUUCCUUCUGAAUUUUGUCUACUGAUGAACUACGUCCAUAAUCUUCGUUUCAAGGAACCACCGGAUCACGGUUAUCUCCGUCAGCUCUUUCGGAUACUUUUUCGCUCACUUAACCAUCAGUACGACUAUGUAUACGAUUGGACACUGCUGCAGCAGCAGAAGGAUCAAAUGCGCCGUAACAAGGAGAAAGAAAGAGAACGGGAACUAGAAAGAGAACAAGAACGAAAUAUAAAACGAGAUCGGGUAGUGGAGCGGGAUCGUGAACGUCAGCGGGAUAAGGAACGACCAAAAGAGCGAAUCAAGGACAGAGAACAGGAUCGUCUACUUAAAACUUCCACCCAGCAGGCGGAACGAUCCUUUGGUCAACGAUCAACCAAAUAUGAUCGCAUUGGCGAUGGAACUAUAUCCAAACGAAAGUAAAACCAUUUGCUAGCCAUAACAAAUAUCUGUGAAAUAUAACAAAAUUAUUUAUAUUUUAAAGUUCAGUGGUUCGUAUCCACAUCUUUUGUGGUUUCAUUUACCAAAUAAAAUUUAAAAU